AUGGCAAGGAUAAUAGUCAUUGCUUUAUGCGUUUUCGUCUCCCUGGGAGCGCUGAUUUUUGGCAUGGAUGGAGGAUACCUCUCGGGGGUCCUCGCCAUGCCAAACUUCAUCGAGGACUUUGGAAGAUACGAUUCUGUGAAUAAUAAGCAUUACAUCUCUGCUAGCCAGCAGUCCUUCAUCACUUCGUUUCCCUAUGUGGGACAGUUCGGAGCGGCAAUGGUGGGAGGUUAUAUUGGAGAUCACUUUGGAAGAAGGUGGGGGCUGUUUGUGAUGUGUGUAGUAAGUAUUGUAGGUGUUGUCAUGCAAAUUGUGGCCAAGAACGAAGCUUUAUUUGUAGCGGGGAGAUUUUUUAAUUAUAUAUCAAUCGGUUUUGCGACAAUCUUUGUACCCGUCUAUCAAGCCGAAUGCUCCCCGCGUAAAAUCAGGGGUACAAUGAUUACGCUCUACCAAUUAAACAUUGUCCUCGGAAGCUUCGUGAUUUCGAUUGUUAACAACUUCACACAACACAUUAAAAGCGACGCAUCAUAUCGGAUUCCAAUCGGCCUGCUACUGAUACUCCCGGUUUUGAUUAUUCCUGGGCUUCCGUUCCUCCCUGAAUCUCCACGUUGGUUAAUGAAGAAGGGGCGAGAAGAGGAGGCGAGAAAGAGUUUAAAUUUACUUCACAAAGAUGACGUCGACUUCUCAGUUGAAAGCGAGAUUGCAUUCCUCAAGGCCACUAUAACCGAGCAGGAAGAACUCAAUAAGUCUUCUACGUGGGCUGAUUGUUUCCGUGGUACAAAUCUCAGAAGAACCCUCCUCGCCAUCCUCAUCCAAGUUAUGCAACAAUUUACCGGUGUCUCCUUCAUUUUCAACUAUGGCACAGUUUUCUUCUCUCAAGUCGGUGUUGGAGGCCCCUUCAUAAUAAUGAUAAUGACAAACUUGGUCAACCUAAUCGGGACAGUCGUCUCCUUCUUCCUUGUUGACCGCCUAGGAAGAAGACCCCUCUUACUGGCCAAGAAAGCCAUUGUGGCAUUUGUACUGAUCUAUGUUUUUGGAUUUGCGGCUUCCUGGGGUCCAUUAGCGUGGGUCAUAACGUCGGAAGUCAGCACAAAUACCAUUCGUGAGAAAACGCAAGCGCUUGGUAGCGCAUCCAAUAUCCUGGCCUCAUGGGUCGUGACAUUUACCCUUCCCUACUUGACAAAUGAAGACCAGGCUGGCCUGGGACCCAAAGUCGGGUUCAUUUUUGCCUGCUUCGUCGCUGCAGGGGGUGUUUAUACAUAUAUCUUUGUUCCCGAGACAAGUGGAAGGGCGUUGGAAGAACUUGAUGAGUUAUUCCAAAAGGGAGUACCGUCGAGGAAAUUCAAAGGUUACCAAAUCACCGGUGCUGCAGCUCUGGUAGAUCAAUCCCUCCAAGCCAAAUCAUUCGAUAACGAAAAGUCAUCCGAGUUAUCCAAAACUGAAGUCUAA